AUGGAUAGUCUUGUCACUGAUACGAUAAUACUCACGUCUAAUGAAAGGGACAUAACAGGACAGGAAAUACUACCAAUAUUGGCCUCAUGGUUUGAAGACAAUGUAUUGUCAAAUAUUCAAGUACUACCGGCAAAUCCGAUACAACUGUUACUUUUGAAAAAUUUCAAAAGGUGCCUGAUUAUAUGUCCUGACCAUGCAGUCUCAAACGCUGUCAUGCAGAAACUAAAAUUGAAAGUUCCCCUUCCUGAUUUAAUAUUCAAUUACUCCAUUACUGAUUCUCAGAAUAAUAGUAGCGUUAAGAAAGACUACUUGAAAGUACCAGAACAUCAGAGGUUAUUUUUAAUAUCACCACCUUCCUCCCCACCACCAGAAUUUGAUUAUAGCAAGUGCGAGGAUAAACCUAGCUUCAAAACACACGCGCAUCAACCAGAAAAGAUACUUCGACAAGCGACAUCAUUUGUCGCUAUUGAAUCUCAAGUUGGUACUAUUACUGUGAAUACUUGUGAUGAUUAUAACAAUGGUGGUCCUGGCCUUGAAGGAGUAAGAACGGCAUUGCCACCAAAAUCUAUAUUUGAUGAUAUUGAUGAGUGA